UGCUUCUCCGGCACAUCCGUUAACACAAUACGGAGCGAAAACCAUAACACCUGCCUUUGGAAAUCAGUUUAAACUGGGCUUUAUUGUGACAAUGGAAGAGGAGUCACAGCUUUCGGCCACAACAUCCCGGAUCAUUCCUCUCGCUUUGCCCAAAGGAACAGAAAAGGUGUGUGAACUUUGUCAGAGAAGAGCGAAGCUGCAAUGCAACAAGUGUCGGGUCACGUUUUACUGCGAUGCUGAGCACCAGCAGGCCGACUGGGUCGGGAUCCAUGGGAGAAUCUGUCAGUUGCUUAUUCCCAUUCGUUCCACAACACUCUACAGUCUUCAGGGGGCCGAACACCUUGAAAUGCAGCUCAAAAAGACAGAGCUCAUUGAGAUUUGCAGGUUGGAGGCUCAGAGGAAACUCUCUGAGAGGAAGCACUACGAGGCUCUGCCUGCUGCUCAGUUCUGCCUGCGCUGUUCUACUGACGUCCACGGCCCCUGCACUGUCCAAGUGGUUCCUGCCUACCUGCUGCUGGCAGAAGCAAACAUGGGUUUGGGUAAUCUAGGCCUGGUGGCAGAGCUCCUGUCCCAGGUGGAGUGGGUGGUGUUGAAGAGCCCAGACUGUGGUCACACACUCCACCGGCAGCUGCACAGGAGCCUCGGUCUCCUCCACACAGUGACUGGAAACCUGGAAGCUGCUCUAUUUAACUUUGCCAAUGAUAUAUACUUUGCCAGUGAGGAGUAUGGUCCGGAGAGCACAGUCACUUGUCAAGGCUACUUUCUCAUGGCUAACGUCUUUGCCAAACAGGGGAAGAUGACCAUUACUCAUUCUCUGUAUUCUACGGUGACACAAACUUGGCACGUCCAUCUGUCCAAACUUGUCCAGGCCCAUGUCCAAAAUGCCCAAACUCCUUGCAUGCUGCUGGAGCACUCAUAUGACAAAAGCCAACAUGCUGAAGUGGAUGAGAUGUUAAGAACGAUCCUGGAGUUUGAAGAGAAAAACUCCACUCAAGACUCAGGUCAGAUUGCUGUGGUGACCCACUGUCUGGCCAUGUUGUGGUUUUUGAGAGGCGAUAACUUUAAGGUGAGUCCGUCAUUAAGCCCGUUAAAAGGUUUCCGUUUGACACAGUGACAUAGUUCUUCAUUUCCUGCUCAUGCACCUUCUUUGGGACGCCUUCUCAAGAUGGGAUUACCACAAAUUGGUAAAGCUGUAAAGGUGAGGUGGGAUUUAGUGGGAGCUGAUGCGUGUGUCUCGACACUCUUCCGCUUCCAGCUCCACUCUGUUAAACCAAUAGAGGCUGUUGUGUGCAUGACAACCCUUUGUCAGUGAAAUGAGCAGAAAUCUGGUGUCACACAAGGUGAUAGACAAAGGCAGCUAUUGUGCGGUGAAUGUAUCUGUGACAGUGACACCACAGGAAGUUCAGUAACAGGGUUAUGACCACGUAACAAAAAAAACUGAGGAUGAGAAGCACAGUUUUUCAAAAAUACUACCCCUAUUCUAGUAUGAUUAAGCUAGAUGCAAAUCGGUGACAAAUUCCUUUAAAAUGAGGGAAAGGGUUAAAUGAAAUCAC